AUGGCGCGCAUAUCACCCGCCUCUCGAUUUCAACUUGCGCAAGCCUUGCGCCCGCGCCGCGUCCCUGGUGCACAACAGCAACGGUUCGCCUCGGGCACGCCUGGCGGGAACUUGAACUCGGCGGAGGCGCAGAAAAGGGCCCAAGAUGCGAUGGCCAUUGUGCAGAAGCGUCUAGGCGAGGCUGUCGAGAUGGGCAAGAAGGUGUUGGGGCCUGUUGGGGAGAAAGCAGGGAACAUGCUCGGAGCUUACCGCCAACCUCUCACGUACAACUUCUCUGUCGCGCGCGAGUUCCUGAAACAGGUUUACGUCGCUGAGCGUUUGCAGCCACCAACGUCUAUGUCGACCGUCACGAGCGCGUACUCGACACUCUGGUCGCGCGCGAGCAAUCCGGCCUACUGGCGUGAACUCGUGCGGUCAGGCGACUGGGCAAAAGUCGGCAUAUACGCAGUCGAAGCGUAUGGUAUCUUCAAGCCCCUUUGCUUUCCGCACACCCACCCUUUCCUCUCUCUCGUCGCCGCCAUGAACAACGACUCCGUCUCUAUCUCUCGUGCGACCUCUGUGUCGCGUGGCAGCAAGCAUGGCUCCUCUGUGUCCCGCAGCCAGUCGCUCAUCAAAAAGUCCAUUGCCCCUCACGACCUCCGCCCCUCCGACAUUCUUAUCGAACGUUUUACAGCUUGGAAGAUCAUUGUCAAGCAGCUCAUCGCCUAUUUCGAGGGCAUUGCGGAUAUCGAGAACAAUGUCGCGAGGGAAAUGACCAAACUGGCCGGCGUCGUCCAGGUCCCUUUCCGCUCUGGCAAUCAGUUUUUAGGAGAGGGUGGAUUACAAGACAUAUAUUAUGGCAUUAGAGACAAGACUCGUGCUAUUGCAGACCAGCACGCAAACCUUGGUCGUACUGUAGAUGGCUCCAUUGUUCAGCAUCUCCAGAAAUUACGCGUGGAGAUCAAGGCUCACAUCAAGAAUAUUCAAAACGAUACCGGAAAGCUCGCUACGGCUGUCGCAAAGGAACGUGAAUUAUCCGCAAAGCUCAUCGGUGACUUAGGAACGGACAUAUCUAUCCUCAAGAACACACCUCUGAGUGUUACCGCAAAGUCCGACCCAUAUGUUGCAAACCAGUCCGUCUCUCGCCAGCUUCUCAAGCAGGUUCACACCGAGAAUGCUCUACAGAAGUCGCUUCUACUCACCCAGUCUUCCUCUGCUGUCUUCGAAGCAUCUCUCAUCCAGGCACUACAGUCAGCUUGGGCGACUUUUGCCGAAUGGCGUACUCGUAUGGACAACAAUCUCCGAGACACUUGGAAUACGCUCGAGCGGGAUAUGGCUGCGCUGCCCCCGGACCGCGAGUGGAUUGCGUUUGCCGCACGCGAGGACCAUCUCGUGGACCCAGAGACCCCUUUGCGAGAUCCGCAGAAUAUCAAUUACCCAUCAAAAGAGGAUCCUUCUGUUAUUGCUGUUCACACUGGACUUCUGGAGCGGAAGAAGCGUUACACGCGCACUUAUCGCGAAGGCUAUUAUGUCCUUACUCCUGCAGGCUUCCUGCACGAAUACUCGUCUUCCGACCCUGCUCUGGCGGACAAGCCUUCUUACAGCCUCUUCCUCCCAAUGUGUACCCUCGGACCACCAAGCUCACCCUCAGUGAAGAGCCACAAAUUCCACAUCGAGGAGCGUAAGGAUGGCACAGGUACUGUGCGCACGGGCUCGCUGCGCGGCUUGACGAGUUCGUUCACCGGUCGUGGCGCUGGAGGUAGCGGACGGGCGUGGACGUUCCGGGGUCGCUCUCAUGAAGAUAUGAUGGAGUGGUGGAACGACGUCCGGAUGUUAUGCGCACGCUACCUGGUUGCGAGUGAACAGAUGGAACGCAGUGGACCAGUUGCCGCAGCCGUACGCGCAGCAGGUUAUGCGAGUGAAGAGGAGGAGGAAGAAGAAGAGGGAUCGAGCGUAGAGGAGGAGCAGGAGGACGAGGAGGUAUAUGAGCAGGCACCGGAAAUGGGGGAGGGGGAGGAGGAAGAGGAGGGUGGGCCCCCUGGAUACCCGCAUAAGGCGCGAGAUGCGGAAUACGGAGCGGAUGGAUAUACGGCGGACAAAAAGCCCCGGAGGAACGGCGAUGAGAACGGUAUACUCGACGAAGGCGCUGAUAUCGCCCGCAAGCCCAGCAGGCGGCAACAGGAUAAAGCGCCCGAAGGCCGAGUUCCUCACGCCGCCCCAGAGGAAGAUCACGAACAUACUGACUCGGAGGAUAUUGGGGAUACACACCCAGGUGCUCCUGCUGAGAGCCGAUUCACGGAGGGCUUGUGA